GUGGGGAUGUCAUAUGGACCUGCAGAGACGGACAGGGACAAUGAGACUUCGGCUUCAUUUGAUCGCUGAUUUGAGGGUGUAUUCUGGCUGAAAUGGAGGACACAGAGGUCCGACAACAAAUGCUGGACAAUCAGCGGUCGCUUUUAAUCAAGAAACAACAAAGAAGAAGGGCAGAUUCCCGGAUGAUCACAGCUAAUCAUGACAUCUGUCCCAAGACACGCAGACAGAAAGCUGAGUCUGACGAUACAGCUUUAUUGAUAAGCCAGUCUCAGAGCAACAUUGCUCUCAGUGACAUGCAACCUGAGGAGAUUUCCGAAAACACGGUGGAAGAGAUUUGUUUAGGAGAACUGACCAUUUCAUCCAGGACAGAAGAGGAUCCGGAAGAGGUAGCUGAUUCUGUUCCAGUCAUCACUAAGAAAAUCGAUCUAGAGAUCAGCCCACAGCACAGCGCUAAAUGCACUUUAGAAACAGAAGGCCAAGCAGAUGGAAAGAAAACUAAGAAGAAGGGUGUGAAAAAAGGGCAAACAAAAUUACUUGAGGCCAAACUUGCUUUAGAAGGGGAGGAAAAUGAAGGGAAAGAGAAAAAACCAGUGAAGAAGAAAGAUAAGACAAAGGAAUCUAAGGAGAACGUGAGGACAGAAGAGCAGUCUUCAAUUCAGACUGAUUCGGUCAUGGAAAUCAACAUUAAUGAAGAGAAAAAACCUGAGUCAGAGAGUGAGGAUGAGAGAAAAGACUGGACAAAGAGCCCCAUCCCUCCAACACCAAAGAGAAAACAACAACCGAAACCAAUGAGAUGUCAUCUGAGUGACAGUGAGGAAGAAAAAGUGGAAGAAGAGGAGGAGGACGAGAAGAGGGUAGCUAAAAAAACACCAAAGAAGUCUAAAAAAGGAGGAAAAAAUAAUGAUAAUAUUGCUUCUUUAAACUCCAACUAUAAAGAGCCUUCUUCUGACAGUGAAUCUUUGGACAUGGGAAAAUCCUCUCCGAUGUCUUUGGAGGAUCUGGAACAGUUUGCCAUGCGUCCUGCUCCACGAGAUGUGACUAUUCAGUGCAGGAUCACCAGAGACAGGAGAGGAGUGGAGAAAGGCAUCUUUCCCACGUAUUACCUCCACAUGGAAAAGGAGGAUGGGAAAAGGGUCUUUCUUAUGGCUGGAAGAAAAAGAAAGAAGUGUAAAACAUCGUAUUAUUUGAUAUCAAUCGAUCCAAUCGAUUUAUCCAGAGAUACUGACAGCUACAUAGGCAAACUAAGAUCAAAUGUCUUGGGAACUAAAUUCACUGUGUAUGAUAAUGGCGAGAAUCCAGAAAGGAAACCAUUCAUUAAAGAAACGGAUAAACUGCGACAAGAGCUAGCAGCAAUUUGUUAUGAGAAAAAUGUUUUGGGUUUCAAAGGACCUAGAAAAAUGACAGUAAUUAUCCCUGGUAUGCAUGAGAAUGAUGAGAGAGUUGUUAUACAGCCAAAAAGUGAGCUGGAGUCUCUGCUCACCCGAUGUGAGAAUGGUAACAAAGAGAAUCUUGUCACCCUUGUAAAUAAAUCACCCAGCUGGAAUGAGCAAACGCAGUCGUAUGUGCUCAAUUUCCAUGGCCGGGUUACUCAGGCAUCUGUGAAAAACUUUCAGAUUGUCCAUCCAGAUAAUGUGGACUACAUAGUGAUGCAGUUUGGGCGGGUAGCAGAAGAUGUGUUUUCCAUGGACUACAGCUUUCCCAUGUGUGCUCUACAGGCAUUUGCCAUCACUCUCUCCUCCUUUGAUGGCAAACUGGCCUGUGAAUAAGCUUCAUUCAUCUGUGUUUUCUGUUCUUUGAAAAAGGGAAACUUUGCAUUCAUUUAAGAUUUGAGAUGUUCUUGCAGUUGAAUGAACUUUAGAUUUUUACUGUUAUCCACAAAUUACAAUGUACAGUGGAUAAUUGAUCUGUUUUACUAAAUAUGAAUCCAUAAUUAGACAUGCCUGUUUAAAGCAAACAUUUUUCUUUGUUUACAUGAAAAAGAAAGCCAUUGGUCUUAUAUAAGUUUAUAUUAUACAGUUACUCUCAAUAAAGUUAUAUU